AUGGCAUCCAAUUUGAAUGACGUUGUGGUCACAGGUUUUGGUCCCUACAGGAACUAUCUUGUGAAUUCCAGCUGGGAAGCAGUAAAGGAACUGGGAAAACUUGGUCUUGGUGAUGUCCCAGAGGAGAAGAGGAUCAGGAAGAUAUGGGCAGAGCUACAACCUAAGGUUAUUUUAAAUCAGUUAAAGAGACUGAUAAGUAAUCUGCUUUUAACUUUGCCUCAUUUCCUGUUAUUGUUUGCUGGCAAAACACACUGGCUGUCUGUGCAUGUCGUAAUGGUGGCCUCAUCCAAAGCAAUUGUCCUGGAACAAUAGAGCCGCCUCUGUGGAAGAAACAAAGGCUAUACGGAUAGGGACCUCAGCCGGGAUCACCCACAAGAAGGUUGUUGUUUACCAGAAGGACCGGAAAGAAUAGAGUCUUCUAUUAUCAUGAAAAGUGUCUGCAAAGAUAUUUCAUUGCAAGGGAUCGAUGUGAUCUACUCCAGAGAUGCUGGAAGGCAACACAAAGGUCAUAGGUCACAUGCUCUGGCAGAUAUGUUGGUUUUAGCAAACGUACUGUUCAUUCACGUGACCCAAUUAACCAAAACAUUAACCGCAGAAAAACUGGGCCAAGCUUUGCAAAAGAUUAUCCAAGAAGUGUUGAGACAAGUGGAGCAUAAAUCAGAUCUGUUAUAA